AUGGCCACAUACCCGACUUCUCUCGCUCCGCAGUUGAAUCAAGUCCCAGAAGAUCAUCUAUUAGCAGACGAACAAGCCCUUGGAACAGUCACACCCUCGCACGGAGGCACAGUGAACGCAGGGCACGAGUUUGAUAUGCCAAUUCAGCCACGCCAGGAUCUCCAACAACCUCCAUCACCAGCCCCGGUUCCAAGAUCGACCAACGGUUCACAAAGGCCAAGGCCUAUGUCAAUGCCUCCUCAAUCUUAUAACACUUCUGCCGUGGACCGAGAUGGGAAGAAUGGCACAGGCAAUGACAGUGGCAGAAGUACGCCGGCGGGUAAUGCGCGACGGUCGCAUCGAGAGCGGGAGACCAACGGGUCGUCGAACAAACCACGCAGCUCGGGGAGGAUACUGGGGGACUACACAUUGAGCAAGACGUUGGGCGCGGGGAGCAUGGGCAAGGUCAAGCUUGCGACACAUAACAUAACGGGCGAAAAGCUUGCGGUAAAAAUCCUUCCUCGGAUACAACCACCACCUUCAAGUGGCUCAGUGCCGCCCGGGUCGACGCCCGAAGCGGUGGCGAAGCAGGCAUCGAAAGACGCAUCAAAGGAAAUCCGUACGCUACGAGAGGCCGCGCUGUCCAUGCUCCUUCAUCAUCCCUACAUCUGUGGAAUGCGAGAGAUGAUAGUCCACCAGUACCACUACUACAUGGUCUUUGAGUACGUCAAUGGAGGCCAGAUGCUCGACUACAUCAUCAGUCACGGCCGACUACGGGAGCGAGUUGCCCGCAAGUUUGCGAGGCAGAUCGGGAGUGCGCUGGACUACUGCCACCAGAACAGCGUCGUCCAUCGAGACCUCAAAAUCGAGAACAUUUUGAUAUCGCAAACUGGGAACAUCAAAAUUAUAGACUUUGGCCUAUCAAAUCUUUACGACCCAAUGUCACGGCUUUCGACGUUCUGCGGUUCACUCUACUUCGCUGCACCAGAGCUACUCAAUGCUCGCGUCUACACGGGUCCGGAGGUUGAUGUGUGGAGCUUUGGAGUCGUGCUGUAUGUUUUGGUAUGCGGGAAGGUUCCGUUUGACGACCAGAGCAUGCCAGCGCUGCACGCCAAGAUCAAGCGUGGUCUGGUCGAGUAUCCCGUUUGGCUGAGCGCAGAAUGCAAACAUCUCCUUUCACGUAUGCUUGUGACGAAUCCUCCCCAACGCGCAACGUUAUCCGAAGUCCUAUCACAUCCAUGGAUGACACGGGGAUUCACUGGUCCCCCUGACGCACAUCUCGUCCAUAGGGAGCCUCUUCGUUCGGACGAACUCGAUCGCCAGGUCAUAAAGCAGAUGAAGGGCUUCGAGUUCGGAACUGAAGAAGAGAUCGAAGGGAAACUUAUUCGCGUCUUGGAGUCGGAGCCAUACAUUCGUGCUAAGUCUAAACGGUUUUCCGGCUUUGAUUACUAUCGUCGAAAACUUUUUUCUUCACCCUCUACCUCUCCACCCGGUUCACCUCUUGGCACUUCCCCGCCUAGUUCAUCCAGUCACCUUGCUACGAUACAUGGCAGCGACUCACCAGAUCCUACCCGUGCUUUCCAUCCCCUUAUCUCUAUAUACUACCUCGCGCGCGAGAAGAUGGAGAGAGAAAAGGUGUACGGUCCGGGUCACUUUGCUUCAUCGCAACUAUCCAUUCAAGAACCCAAUCCCAGUACCAGCGGCCAGCCCAGCUCAGCGACACCCGCUGUCCCCGACGAGGUCCCUACGUCUGCUCCUAAUGGUACUGCUAGAGCUCCAGGAUAUUCGACUCCCACUGCUGCCCUAAGCAACGGCAAGGCUGAAAUCGGCGCCAAGGCCGACUAUAGCAUGCCUCUUCCCCGACUUCCCGCUCCGGAGACAUCACAUUAUUCCGGCAUGUCGUAUGAUGCUACCUCCGGUCAACCCGUUGGCGUGCGGCCGCCUACUGGGGCUACCAACGCUGGCGGAACAAAGACGAUGCCACGAGCGCCUCCGGCAAGCACCCAUAGGCGGAGUCACAGUUUGAGCCAGCGCCCAACGGUUCUGAGAGGUUGGAGUAACAUAUUACCAACAUCGCCGCUUUCGACGGGUGCUACGUUAGUCAGGAAGUUCGGCAGCAUGCUUGUGGGUAGAGGAGAUGAGACUCGAAGACAUAUUUCCGAUCGGAGAAGGGGUGGUAUCCCAGAUGAUCUGGCGCCUUCCCCUAGACCAUCUGCCGACGCAGCCAUGGCUGGCGGCCAUCGACGAGCAGCCACAAUUUUGGAUACGCAGGGACGCGCUACACGACACGAGCGAAGGAGUAGUACAGGCGCAGCCCUCCUCAACCAAAAUACUUUGGGCCGGCAUCGAAGGCCGUCAACAGGGUAUGGGGGAGGUGUGCGCCCAAUAGCGGAAAAGUUGUUUACUCGUCAUACCGACGAACCCGAAGCUGAUAAAGACUUCAAGCCGGUGUUCCUGAAGGGAUUGUUCAGCGUGGCUACCACUACCACGAAGUCACCGCAGUUGAUCAAGGAAGAUCUUCGUCGCGUCUUGGAUAGGAUGCAAGUCCAGUAUCGGGAGAACAAAACUGGCUUUGAGUGCAUCCAUCUCCCUUCCAUCGAUAUCUCUUCUGUUGUAGAGUCUCCCCGUCCUUCGCAUCACCAUCACCAUCCGUCUACAGGAUCCGGGGACACCGGGCGCACCACCCCCACUAUGAGCCGCCCCUCAAUGACUAGAAAAUCUUCUAAAUUAUCGUUCGGACUCAGACGGGAUAAGGCAAAGGAGCGGGAACAGAAUGAGAACGAGAAGGACAAAGAUCUUCCAGGGCGGCCGUCAGGGGCAACCGCUCUUUCUGCUACGGCCAGUAGCGGCUCUUCCUCCUUCUUCAAUGUCUCGUCAGCGCAGCCCGUGGCCGCACCGGAUAUCAACGUCAACGGUGUCACAGUGGGUGCCGAUGAUCAGACCAAUCGUGCUGCCUCUCCUGUGUUAUCGAGCUCUCCAUCCGGCACGGCAUCAUCAAUCAAGGGCAAAAUUCUACCUCCAAUACCCCGCGACUUCGCAGGUACACCCACAAUCCCCCCACGAAGCCCAAGCCCAAUGCCCACGGGUGAAGUCGACCGAGAUGUCUUCGAUAGUAUGGGCAACAACUCCCUUUCUGUUCGCUUUGACAUUACUAUAGUAAAAGUACCUUUCCUUCCUUUGCAUGGAAUACAGUUCCGCCGGGCCGGGGGUGAUGGCUGGCAAUACCAGAUGCUCGCGAGACGAGUAUUGACAGAACUUAAACUAUGA